AUGUCCGAUCCAGGCUCGGCUACAAACAUUGAUUGCGAAGUCCAAACUCCGCGAACGCUCAAGAAAGCCAAAGCAUGUGCAUCUUGCCAUGCACGGAAGAUCCGCUGUGACUUACAACUGCAUGAAGAUACCCAUGCUACUUGCAGCAAUUGCAAAAACUCAGGCAGAUUCUGCCAACCGCACAUCAGGAAACGAAAGCACGACCAAGUCCGUGACGCACCAACUGCCCUGCACCGCGCCGAUCGGCAUGCUGGAUCCAGGGAGCUUGGAGCGCAUGUGCCGGCAAGAGAGUUCCCUGUGCAUGAUACUCUCACAUCUAGCAAACAGCAACCUAGCUAUCUAGGGCGUUCCAGUUACAUUACAGGAGAUUUUGCUGUCGAUGAAGACGAUGCCCACCAGUAUCAAAGCCCGUCGAAGACAUCAACCACUCUACAGACGCAAAUCCAGCGCCUGGCAUCCGCGGAUGAGACUCCGCAAGGACCUCUACGGCAAAGUCUACUCAGGAAUUUCAUGUUAUAUUGUCGUCCAUGGAUGCCCUUGAUAGAUGAAACUGACUUGGACAAGCUUGAUAUUGGGACUAGAAACUCAUUGCUGAUGACAGCGAUGUUGGUUGCAGGAAGUAUCGUUUCUUCUACAGCACAGGCUGCAGAAGCCGGACAACUGUGUUAUCAACGAGCAAAGAUUCUAUUCUACACUGGUGCGGAAGUGCAUACCCUCGAAACGAUUGUGGCUACAAUAUUCCUGCAAUGGCUGAACCCCUCGGGUCCUGAGCAUGUGUCAAUUGACAGUAGCAGCUUCUGGCUUCGCAUUAGUGUCGGUCUCGCACAUCAAUUGGGACUCCAUCGCGAGCCCGACUCUAAACUGCCAGAUGCCAAACUGCGGCGAAAGAUCUGGUGGACUCUUGUUGCUAGGGAUAAUCAAAUAGCCACAAGUCACGGCCGCCCGAGAGCUAUCAACCUGGAAGAUACCAGUGUCCGACCUUUGCGAGACUCUGAUUUCGACAAGCAACAAGAUGCUGCUCUUUUCAAGCACUUUGUACGAAUCACCUCCAUCUUGGGUGAUAUGACUGAGCAUUAUCGCCGUGGUACUCUAUCUGAUCGUAAGAAGCUCAACAUAGAGGCUGAAUUGCUGAGGUGGUUGAUGGAAGUACCAGAGUCAUUGAGACUGUUUGAUCGAGAUACCCGGUCGCUCAAGGAAUACUCCUUGAAGUCCAGGCAGUUGCAUAUACCAUACUUCACAGCCUUGAUCAUCCUCUUUCGAGACGUAACGCCUACUCAGACCCCUUCACCACUCAGCUCGCUGGCCGCGUCCUUCAUUUCCGGUAUCUUCGAGGAGUAUCUGACCCAUGAGGAUAUGUCCCACCUUGCCGCCCCUGCUAUUUUUUACUUGCUGGUUGCUGCACUCGUGCAGAUCUCCUAUCACCGAUUUCCUCGCUGGAAUGCAGCACGAACAGAAGAGGUUCAAAUCAUCAACUUGUCCUUGAAUGAAUUAAAGCGACGGUUCCCCACCGCUCUCGGUGCUGAAAGAGUGGUAAAUCAAGCAAUGAAGCAUGCAGCAAAUUUACAAACGCCGUACACCCCAUUGCGCACUUGCUUGAAGCCUGAACAUCAAGAUUUUGUCUCUGCUUUUGGGCCGCAGCUGUGUAGACAAUGGCAAGUCGUAUUUGGCUCGAAUGAGGUUGAUGGGCCUAUGGGUGGAAGAUUUAAUACUAGACAUGCAGCUGGAUUGAUUGAGCCGGUAAGCAGUUCUGUGAGAACUGAGUCACGGUUUGGCACCCCUGAUGAUUUGGUGAACACCCUGGAUCAUGAUCCUGACUGGCCCGGUACUGUCACAAUGGGACCCGAAGAUCCAGCAGCAAUUUUCCUCGAUCAAGAUGGAUUCGAUGCCGUCGGCCGGUGGUGGUGGCAAGAUUGGAUGCCGUUGACAGGGUCCUGA